AUGGCUGACAAGGCGAAGCCCGCCAAAGCCGCCAACAGGACCCCCCCCAAGUCCCCGGGGGACCCCUCGAAGGACCAGGCGGCCAAGAGGCUGUCGCUGGAGUCGGAGGGUGCCGGUGAGGGUGCAGCAGCGGCCCCCGAGCUCAGUGCCCUGGAGGAGGCCUUCCGGCGCUUUGCGGUGCACGGGGACACCAGGGCCACGGGGAGGGAGAUGCAUGGCAAGAACUGGUCGAAGCUGUGCAAGGACUGCCAGGUGAUCAACAGCAGGAACGUGACGGUCACCGACGUGGACAUCGUCUUCAGCAAGAUCAAGUGUCCCCCAGCCCCUCCCAAAGCCUUUGUGCUGCUCCACUUCUGCCCCGGGAUGCCCACAGGUGCCGAAACAGCAAAGGGCACCAAGGAUGCGGCUCUGGCCAUCACUGCAAAACAGCAUCAUGCCCCUUGGACAGGGCCAUCAUUUGCCAACACCUUGGUGGUUGGAGCCCAUACUAACCCAGGAUCACUCAUCCCUGGGGCCUCUGGAGACCAGGAAGGCACAAAGAGCCUGCCAGGGCAAGGGGACCAGAAGGGCCCCGACAAGGGCUGGGGCUUGGCCUGCGAGGGGCUUGUCGUGCCAGCUGCUGCCUGGAAGACAGACCAGCCGCCAUCCCUGCUGGAAACCUGCAGCCUCCUGCAGCAGCGGGCUAUGCAGUGUGUCCUUGUUUGGUGGGGACCCAGCCCCUUCGUGGAUCCCAGCCCCGUGCUCCUGGGCCCUGGCAGCUGCUCCUCAGCAGGCCUGGGCAUGUGGGCGCGUCUGGGACGAGUCCCUGGGUGCCCUCUGUGCCGCCCAAUGUGUGCUCUGGGAUACACAGGAGCAGACCCAGGGCAAAGCAGUGUGGAGACAGUGCUUGAGCCUGGGGACCGCGAGGAAGUGGCCUUAGUCAAGGCCUGUGGCUCCUGUGACCUGCAGGUGCAGUACCGGCAAUCCCCAGUGCACUGCAUGGUGACAAAAGCUGUCCACAGUGGCUCUGCCAUGCUGCUCCGCCGGCUGUGGAGGAGGACGCCCCCCACCCGGCGGCUGCUCAGCUCGAGGUGCUGGCAGUUCGUUUAUUUGAUUGUCUGUGCUCCGUGGAGGAAAGCCAUCUCGUCGCCCACAGUGUCGAGGCUCACAGACACCACCAAGUUCACGGGCUCCCACAAGGAGCGCUUCGACCCCUCUGGCAAGGGCAAGGGCAAGGCUGGCCGCGUGGACCUGGUGGACGAGUCAGGCUAUGUGUCUGGCUACAAGCACGCGGGCACCUAUGACCAGAAGGUGCAAGGGGGCAAGUAGCCCCCGCUCCAUGCCCCGCGGCACUGCCGGUGUCCCCGGAGCAGGGACUCUGUCACCUCGCACUUCAUUACAUUCCUGUGCUCACUCGGGCAGAACUCAGAUGGGUGCCCCAGAGGGGGCUGGGGGGAGGCCAGGCCCAGGCCUCCCUCCUGCCCCUCCUCCUGCCAGAUGCCCCCAGCACUCCCCUCUCGAACCAGGUUUGGGCCCCAGUUCACUGACCCUCCUUAUACACCUGCGUCCUCAACCGUUUCCAAAGUGUCUCCCGGAUCACACCACGUCGGGCACGUGGUUUGCAGGUCAAAGGGGUGUUUUAAAGGAGCUGGCUGUCAUGGCAACAGGAGGCUGUGCUGACCUCCUGACUGGCAGACACCUUCCAGGAGCCCUGAGGGUGGCAGGAGCUAAUCCCAACCAGCAGGCAACUAACACGGAGUUGGCCCCACACCAGACAUGGGAGGUGUCUGUGGGGCCCGAGACCUGUACUGCAUGCAGUGGACACCACAGGGCCUUCCCGCUUUCCUGGGCAGAGGGCAGAGUGGGGCCACCUGGCGGGGGUGCUGGGCACCUGGCACAUGUGUGGGGAAGCCGGUCACAUGGACACAAGUGUGCACACAUGCCUACAGGCCAGCUCUGUGCCAAGGGCAACGUCGGAAAAAGGAAAGCUAUGGGGGGGCAGUGGGCGGCUUCCCGGCUGACCACAGUGGCCCGGACUGUGAGGGUGGAGUCAGCUCCCUUUGCUUUCCUGAGUGGACACGGUGGCUGCCUGUGUUCUCAGAGCAGGUCUAGGAAGAUUCGGAAUGUCUGGUCCCCGUGGUGUUGCCAGGCAAGAGACACGAAGUGCUGAGACACUCCUCGCCUCACUGCGUGACAGGGCCUCUGCCCGGCCCUCCUGCUUGCCCAUCCUCACUAGCUGCACCCUGCUUGCUUGCAGACCUCCCAUUGCCACAGCCCAAGCGCCUUCUUCAGCUCUCCCGAAAUGACUCGGCCUCACCUCUCCUGGCCCCUCCCCCUGGAGAGCAGGACACCAGGGAGGACCCCCAAGCCUGCAGUGUCUGUGGGG